CAACCACCUCACGCGUCGACCGCGAGUAGCGAGAGUGCCGAGAGUGUGAUUGUUGAGCAUCAAGCAAGCACUACAAUUUGGUGAGGAAUUGCAUCACUCCGUUUUUGCAAGCCCCGAUCUCCACCGGAGCCUACCCCCGCCAACUGCGACCAGGUUGCAUCUCCUUCUAGUAGAACGUGCCAUUUAUCAGAGAUCAUUGGCAAUGGUGAACCAUCAUCCAGGACUGGAGGAGGACAGCGGAGAUAAGCUGGCCCGUAAGGCGCGUGAAUCCCCAUUCAUGCUGAUCGGCCUGGCAGGGCUUAUUGCGGUGUGUGGCAUCGGUGCCUAUAAGUACAAGAACCGUGGGGAAAUGUCCACGUCGGUGUUCCUGAUGCAGCUUCGUGUUGCAGCACAGGGUACGGUUGUGGGCGCCUUGUCCCUAGGGCUGGCGUACUCCAUGGCCAACGAAUACAUCUUCAAGAAGAAGGACGACUAGGAUGAUAACGUGUGCUGUUGUAUGAGCUGAUUAGGAAUUAAGACGAUGAUUGUUGUUGUAAAUAAGUAUUAAUCAUCCCUAGAGCAAAACUGAAUCAUAUUUAUUAGCCCCCUUUUCGAAUGAUCGUCGUAUGUAUCUGCUUCUCUCCUCGAGAACGAGUCGAAGGAAGAACGUUACCAGAAUACGGGUGUUGUCAAGGAGAAAGCGAGCGAACGAUCAAAGGAUCCCCCGAAUCACUGUGAUUUUAGCGCAAGAAUAGUUAAACUAUGCAACUCAAAUGUAGUUGGAUAAAGUGGAAAAUCAUCAAGAAAAAAGUGAAACUCGAAGGAGAUGGACAAAUUGAUUAGGACUUUAGGAGCAGGAAUGAAACCCUAAUUGAAAACCGUAAAAAAAAUGUCUGCUAGAGAAGAGCCGACGCCAAGUGAACAAUGAAUGUGAACCAACCAAAGUUACUCGCGCAAAUCAUCGUGACUCAGCAAAAAAAAAACAAUCUCUUAUUUUCGAGCUGCUUACGCGCGCGAUUUAUGACGUCAUUGAUUAGUACUAGCUGUACAAACAUAAGAAAGCUUAGAUCUGGUUAAACUUCUUUCGAGAAUAGAGAUGGUUUUAGCACUUUAACGAUAAAUUGGUUGGGCGAAGAUUUGCAGUGUCUAAAGUUGCAUAUGAAUAAAUUGUUCUCUGAUGAAGACAUA